AUGCCGAAUUACUAUUACCUGGUGCUUUGGAGCGAGAGCCCUAUUUAUAGAGGAAAGAGGUGGAGCACCUUGGGUCAUUACUUCAAUGUGGGACUAUUGGCGUCACCCGAGGGGCUACCACAUGUCCCUAGAUGGAAGUGGUACGGCAGGUACCUUCAUUCAGUCGGAUCAACAUGUGAGAUUCCAAAGGGUAAUCCCUACCGAUGGUUGUUGCAAGCCCUAGUGGUUGGGCUAGGGCGUACAUGCCUUUAA